ACCAAUGGUUGCAAUGAGCGGUUAAUCAAAAUCGUUAAAGGACAGUUAAAAAUUAAAAAUGGUGGAGUCGUCACCGUCGUCGUUAAUACCCGGCUUGACGGACGACGUAGCGGAGCUCUGCCUCUCGCGAAUCCCGCGAUAUGACUUUCGGAUCAUUUCUCAGGUCUGCCGGCGAUGGAGGACGUUCCUCAAAAGCAAGCAUUUCUCAGCCGGACCGGUGGAGGAGUUCAUGUGUGUUCUGAUGAAAAGCCAGUCCCCAGAAGACGGCAGCAGGUGGGUAGAAUACUUGUACGGGGAAGUUUUCGACGCCUCGGGAAACAAUCUGGGACAGAUCCCCAGCGUCCCUGCGCCUUUGAAGUCCCAAUUCGGCGUCGCGGUGCUCGGUGGCGGAAAGAUCGUGCUCGUCGGUGGAUACGCGGAGGCUGAAGGAUUUCCGAUCGAUGCGACCACCCGUAUCUCUGCUUCUGCCGAUGUUUACGAGUUCGAUCCUGCGUCUAACAGCUGGAGGAAACUGGCGGGUAUGAACGUACCACGUCGCGAGUUUGCGUUUGCUGUAGUGGACGGCCUUUUGUAUGUGAUCCGAGGCUUUUCCUCAGAUGGGGAAUGCCUUCAAAGCUCGGAAGUGUACAACCCGGGAACUAACCAAUGGAGCCUCAUGGAUGAUUGUCCAGACCGCCCUGACUUUCAUCGUGCCUUCGCAUUCUCCUUCAAGUCCAAACUCUUCGUUGUAGGCAAUGAAUCGAGGUUCAUUGACAUAUAUGACCCCAGAACUGAGACAUGGGAAGAGUUAGACUCGGGGCAAUCACUUUCGGUGUACUCCUACACUGUUGUUAGGAACAAAGUGUAUUUCUUUGACCAUAACAGUGACUAUAAAAAGCCGGAACUAGGGGUGUUUGAUCCAGAGGAAAAUUCUUGGAGCUCAGUGUCUGUGCCUCGGUCCCCGGGUGCUUACUGGUGUAAAGUAGGGGAAUGGAACAAUAAGGUUAUACUGGUUUCACCGCUCGGGGGACGUACCUUAAUUCGUGACCUUGAUAAAGAGAACGCGUCCAAGUGGAGAGACACACACAUUAAACCAUCUGGUUCUAACCCGACCAUCGUUCUCAUCAACUUCUGAUUUCCCCAUUUGGCUUCAUUUGUGCUUUGGCCCUCAACUUCGUCAACGGUUUCUAUAUUUAUAGUGUCUAUGCCUACUAAACUUGUGUAAACAUGUUUUCACAGAUUGUUUUGCAUGGCUUUGUUUCUGAAGCAGAGGGAGAAAAUUUAAAAAAACCCAUUUAUGAUGUUUAUUAAUCAUCUUUUGUAUGUUGCUGAA